AUGGUAGAUGAUGAAACUACUCAAGACUUGAUUACAUGGACAGGUUCAGGAGACCAAUUCACCGUUUUUAACAAUACUGAAUUCUCCAGGACUGUUUUACCACGCUAUUUCAAACAUUGUAACUGGUCUAGUUUUGUCAGGCAGCUUAACAUGUACGAUUUCCAUAAAAUCAAUGAAAAUAACAAUGACGAAGAAAUCAAUACGAACGAAGUACAAACACAGCGUUGGGAUUUUAAGCAUCCUUGGUUUAAUAAAGCAGGAUUCGAUAGGCUACACAAGAUCAGGAGAAAACCGCCAAGGAAUCGAUUAAUACCCCAAAUAAGAUACUCCAGUGCCAUGGAGAUCUUACCUUCCAACAGUCCUGAUUACGAGGUCGAUCCAUCUUCUUUGGCAUCAGAAAAUUCACCUGUCAGCGACUCUGCUUCGGUUUCUGCUGGUGGUAGUGGCGGUAUGCAUUCUCAACACAACACUGGAGUACAAGAUGCAAUCAAUCAAUUACAAGGAAAAGCAGGUCAUUUGGAAUCCAAAUUAGAUUUUACCGCCAAUGAAGUACAAUACUUGAGGAAGGUCACUGAGAAUCAACAAGAGAUUUUGAAUGAUUUAUUGGCUUCAGUAGAGUAUUUAAAAUCUAAAUACGGUAUGUUUACAAACAUUGUUAUUGUUAUGAUGACUUAUUUUCUUUGUAUUCUGCAUAGAUAUACCAGACAACGCAUUUAG